AUGGCCUCCAAAAUCAUCCUCCUUAUCGCCUGCGUACUUGCUGCUGGAUUGGUCCAGGAAACCUCGGCUCAAUGGUAUGGAGGUUACGGCUGGCCUUCCUAUGGUUAUGAGUACGGAGCGUAUCCGUAUGGCGGCUAUGGAGGAUACGGAUAUGGAGGAUACCCGUACUACGGAGGAUACGGAGGCUAUGGUGGAUACUACGGAUAUGGCAAGCGCGAGGCCGGAUUUGGGCCCCAACAACCCCAGCAACAGCAGCAGCAACAAGUCCAAAACCCGCGGUUCCAGCCCCAGCUCGCCGCCGCCCAGGCCUCGCAAGCACCAAGCAAUGGAAACAGCAAUAAC